UUUUCUUUUAUUUGCUCAACUAUUACACUCUUGUAUAUUCGCUCUUUAUAAUGCUAAACACUAUGGAGGAAGAAAUGCGUGCAAACGAAAAAUAUGAAAGAGAACAACAAAAAUUGGAUGCAAUGACUUUAAAUUCUUUAGCAGCAAGUCAAUAUCAGUUUCAUAUAGCUAGGUCCCCAACGGAUAAUGAUUGGGAUAACCAAAGCUAUUAUGAGGUUGUUUCUUCCCCUUACAUUAAUUCGAGGGAAAUUGUAUCACAAUUUAAUUCCCCUCAACAACACCAAAAGCCACCAUUCCUUUUAUUUGCUAGCGUUUCUGCAACACAAAGUGGGGAACGACGGCGUGAUAAGCGUUUCUUUCCAUUGUUAUUUAAAAGGUAA